UAAAAAAAAAAAAAAAAAGAGAAAAAGGAAUGCUCAAAAAAUUUACUUUCACGGUAAAAUCCCUCCAGAAAUUCACUCACCCUAAAUCCCUCCAAAAUUCACUUCACUCUAAAAUCCCUAAGCGGCGAAUUCAGAAGGUUGCAAAGAACUCAGAAGGUUUGGUGUCUAAAAUUCAUCUCUCUCCAAGCGACUUUACACAAAAUCUACCAUUGGAUUAUCCGCCUAAUCAAGAAAAACAAGAUGGGGGGAGUGUUUUUAGGCAUGCCAGGAUCGUGGGCAGGUCAUAUUCACGAAGCUGCUGAUCAUUAUACAACAAAAAUCGGUGGACUUCCUGAUUGGCCUAUUCCUCUUCCUACCACAUGUGUCGAUUUGCUCAAAUGCAGUGCUUGUAAAACCGAUUUAUGUCUUCUUGCACAGGUUUAUGCUCCAAUUUCAAAGAAUAAUUUGAACAUUGAAGAGCGUGCAAUCUACGUUUUUGGUUGUCUGACGCCAGAUUGUGGGAGCGCUCCUGUAAGCUGGAGAGCUAUUAGAAUCCAAAAGUCCCUAAGCAGUGAAGGUUUAAAGAGCCAGUCUUAUAAGGAUGGCGCUUCACCUGUAUCAGAUUCAAAGAAAGACUGGAAGAAGGAUAUAUGGACAUUUGACUCUUCAGAAGAGGAUGAUGAUGAUGAAGAUGACGAUGACAUUGAUCUGGCUGAGUUGGCUAGGGCACUUUCUGAAGCUGCAACCGUGGCUUCUCACUCCAAGAAACAAAUCCGUGGUCAUGAAGUAACAGCAGAAACUUCAUCCCCUGACCGUGCGAUUAGAAUAAUUGAUGAAAAAACACUAGUGAUUCCGUGCUUCUAUAUAUAUGCUGAAGAAGAGAAAUUUUUCAAAAAGGAUGUUUCUGUCAGUUCAAAAGGCAUCUUAUCUCCAAUCAAGGACAAAGAAAAUGAUCCUGAUACUCCAGAAGAAACAUGGGAGGUGGAAGAUUACGAGUAUGAUAGGGCAUUGAAUGCUGACCGGGUUUACCUCAAGUUCAAAAAGCGAUUAGAUGCAUAUCCAGAGCAAUGUUUCAGAUACUCAUAUGGUGGAAAGCCGCUUCUGGCUUCUGGAAAUGCUGUUGAUCCGGGGACGUGCAGGCUCUGUGGUGCGUCACGUCAAUAUGAGAUGCAGCUGAUGCCGCCUUUGCUAUAUUUUCUGCAGGAAGCAGUCAGCGAGAAAGAGAGACCUGUAUUGGAUAACUGGAAUUGGAUGACUUUAAUAGUCUAUACUUGCUCACAGAAUUGUUCAGAGUACCGUCUGGAUAACUCUAGUGAGGAUGGCUGGAUUGUCGCUGAGGAAGCUGUUGUCGUACAAUAUGAAUAGCAUUGCUUAGAUAAGCCUAAAGAUUACUGUUUCGUAAGGUUUUGUGACUUUUAGUAUAUUUUCGUCGUACUUGGUCUAUACUAGCAGGGUUUUCAGUCAAUAGAGCCGAGGGUGGCUUUCGUUUUGCUUAUAUUAUUUUCAGAGUUUGCUGGUAGUUGGUAAGAGUUUUAUAUACUUGAGAUGUAAAUUGUCAAAUGUCCCAAAUAAAUUGGGUAGGCAAUACAAUUAUAUCUGUUGUUUUAAACAAUGCUGAUUCUGCGUGGAUUCUUUAUUUGUAAGUCUCCAGAAUUUGGUGUGA